AAAAAAUUCAACUUUCUCUGAGAAACCAGAAGAAUAAACUAGCGGGUCGACUUUAGCAAGAAUCGGAUUCGCUUGCCGGAGCCCUAAAGCCGUUUCUUGCAGGGGUUUGGUGACGCGAUCAGCCCCUAUCAACGUCAACAUCUCACGGUCAUGGGUGUCCUGAGCGACGAAUCCGGUUCUGAAUCCCGAUCAUUGGCAAAUAAUGGCAGUAACAACAACAUGGAGAAAUUUCUAUGCGAACGGUUGCUCGACUCGACUCAACCCAUCUCGGAGCGGUUCAGAGCACUGUUCUCUCUCCGUAACCUGAAAGGCUCUGCUCCUCGCGAUGCCCUUGUUCUUGCUACUAGGGAUACUUCAAAUUUGUUAGCACAUGAAGCUGCAUUUGCAUUAGGUCAGAUGCAAGAUGCUGAAGCAAUCCCUGCUUUGGAGGCAGUGCUUAAUGAUCUUUCACUGCAUCCUAUUGUUCGUCAUGAGGCAGCAGAAGCUCUAGGGGCUAUUGGUUUGGAGAGUAAUAUUCCCCUUUUAAAGAACAGCUUGGUUCAAGAUCCAGCUCAGGAGGUUCGAGAAACAUGUGCUCUGGCUCUCGAACGAAUUGAGCAAUUGAGUGCUGUUGCCCCUGACAAUGAAGCAGCUCUGACAGAUAAGUCACCCUUUAUGUCUGUUGAUCCAGCUGCACCAGCGUCGUCUUGUUCUUCUGUUGAGAAGUUGAGGGAAGUUCUUCUUGAUGAAGAAAAAGGCAUGUAUGAGCGGUAUGCAGCACUUUUUGCACUUCGAAACCAUGGUGGAGAGGAAGCUAUUUUGGCCAUUGUUGAUUCUUUGGGGGCUAAAAGUGCUCUACUACGACAUGAGGUUGCUUAUGUUCUGGGUCAAUUGCAAAAUAAAGCUGCUUCAGCUACUUUAAGCAAGAUACUCAGGGAUGUGAAAGAGCAUCCAAUGGUUAGACAUGAGGCUGCUGAAGCUCUUGGUUCCAUUGCAGAUGAAGAAAGUAUAGCACUUCUGGAGGAAUUUGCUAGGGAUCCUGAGCCCCUUGUUUCACAGAGCUGUGAAGUAGCUCUAAGCAUGCUGGAAUUUGAAAGACAGGGGAAAUCAUUUGAGUACCUUUUCAUGCAAGAUCCACUGGCCAGUUUUUGAAGAAUAAGUUCCGGGAUCAAGCUGAAUAUAUUUAUUUACUUAUAUUGAGAAAUGAAAUAGGAUAGGAUAGAAUUAUAGGUCAUCAGAACCCGUGUGUUACUUUCUCCUUGAAGGAAUGUAAUUACACAUGGCUGAAUGAAUAGCUGAUUAUCACGACAUACAUUUUUCGUAUCGGCAGAAAAAAAAUAGAUCCAACUGUCAACUACUACUUAUCCUGAUGGGUUCACUUACUAGCAUCACUUUUGGUAUGUAUCAAGAUUUACGUACUACCGUCAUUUUGAUAUGUUGAUCUA